UCUCAAGGCCCAUUACAUAUUAAGGUCGGGACCUUCAAAAUGAUCGAGAAACCCCACAGUUCCAACGAUGAGCAAACACUUCGGGGACUGUGGAGAGAAAAAAAGUCCCUUUUAAAAGUCAGAAGACCACUUAAAACAAGUCAGAUAACCUUGUUACUUUCAUUUUCUGUAGAUACACAAUACCAGAGUAAUUAUUACCACACCUUCAGCAAACAAAUGUUGCAUGCUGGAAAUGUAAAUAGCUGUGAGGUAUCCAGUACAAUAGACUUAGAUAAUCAGAAAAAAGAAGACAGACCAGUUUACAUGAGCAGCAUGAAUUUAUGUGUUUCUAUUUCUGGUUUGAAUAAUGUCAAGCGCUUCACUGACUGAGACUGUGUUGUAUUCAUAAGCUGUCUGACGCCCACCUCGAGAGGAUCAGUUGGUGAGUCUGGUUGACAUGUUUUGCCUUAAUACAGUCAAGGCUAUAAUCAGAGUUUGUCCUUUAAAGACUUAGGUGCAGCACAGUCUAAACUGAAUGAAUGUCAAAUCAGUGUGAAGAGCACUGACCACUGUCAUAGACUCAAUGUUGUAUGCAGAUUUUUUAAAUGAAAACCAUGUUUUGUAAAUUCCAGCACUUGUUUGUCUGAUUAUCGUUUACUGUUUACAAACAAAAAGACACACAGGGGUAAAAUAUAACCUCAUUGGCGGAGGUAAUAAUGGUACUAAAUAUUGGUGUUUCCAAGUAACUUGCCUCACAUUGCUUUGGGCCACAAAGCCAGGGAAGUCCCCUGAGGAGGGUUAAACAGUUCGUUAAAGGUCCAGUGUGUAAGAUUUAUGUGAAAGGGAUCUACUGAAAGAAACUGAAUAUGAAAUAAUCCUAGUGAUGUUUUCACUUGUUUGUUUCUUUACCCCAGAAUAAGCCCUUUAUAUUGGAUACUAUAUAUUUACAUCAGGGGCGGGUCUUCUCUACGGAGGCCGCCUUGUUUUUUACAGUCCUCCAAACUGAACAACUUAAACACCUUUUAAGUUUUUAUGACAACUGAAGGCUGAGGUUCAGUCUCAAGGGGUCGGUGAGGUGAGAGGGUUAUUCAGCUGCAAUAUAUUUCACUUAAUUCUACACACUGAACCUUUAAAGUUACACACCCAAUACGAUGGUAAUUAUAAUGAUAUAUUUUGAUAUUAGCAAUACUUCAUAUAUUGUGAAAUAGUCUAAUAUGGACAUCCCAUAUUAUACAUUGGGAGGUGGCUGCCCGCAGCCAAAGCAUAGACUCACCUGGAAAAUCUACAAUGAUCAUCGACAAUAGGUCCCCAAUAGGGGGAUAGCGGUCCGGCCGGACCCUGACUCUGUUCUAUACAGACCCAGACCUGUUAUUAUAUAGUGACGGACCGAUUCUAUUUUAACAUGCGCAGCUUUUCUCGCAUUUAGGGUAGUCUUAUUUUAAACUGCUCAUAUUUUUUCGUCUUAACGGUAGUAAAUCCUGGCACCACAAGGUAGAGUUCACUAUCACUGAACAAGAUAAAGUGAGAACAAAGAGAAAAGUGUUAAAGCUGUUUUGCUGUUAAUAUUUGGUGAGAUUGUUUAUACGUGUGUGUUAUAUAUUAAGAGAAAAAAGAACAGAGAAAACUCAAAUUACAUAAUUUAUAAAUUUGUCAAAAAAUUACACAUUAUUUUAAUUUAAGGUGCCUUUUUCAAAAUCUUUUUAUUUUGUUUUUAAGUGCAAACCUUAUUUUACUAGAAACGAAAAAGGAAACAUUUGUUUUACUAAAAUUGUAUUACUAGAGUACCCUCCAGUUCAAAGUUUGAAUUAAUAAUAACCAUUUUGUUUCAGUGUACACCUAAGGAAGCUCAAGGGAUCAAGGAAAUAUAGCUCAUGUCCUUUGGGAGGCAGUGGAGCUGCAGUAUCAGGGAGCUAUUCCCUAGGAAGGGGGGUGUCUCUCCUCUGAGGAUGUGUAUGAACGUGCUGACGUGCUGCAUCAGUGCUGUCCUACAAGGGGCGUUCAGAGACAGGUUUAGGACAUUACAUGGAUAGCCCUCUCCCCAGAGCUGUUUAUCUUGGGAAUAGAGGAUUAUGAAGUACAACGUUUCACACCUGUAAAACCAUGUACAGAUAAACAGAAGCACCUUGAGAGCCUUCAGAAAUACUCAGCCGCACUGUGGACACAUGGAUUACACCAUACCAGCAAAGAAUAGAUCCAUAGAUUCAGAGAGAAGCCUGUCAGAGUCCUGACCACAAGAUAUUCACCCUGAUACAGCUGAUUCAGCUUGAGCUUUUUAUAUGUUGUGGUCAUAAACAUAUCACUCUGUCUACCCUGUUCAAAGGCCUCCCACGUGUACCCUCCAUCUGUGCCACUGGACUCUCACACUGCCUUCAGAAGGGCAAUGCCAAUCUUGUUAAAUGCUGAUGCCUCCUUCAGUUCCAAGCAGGAGCUCCUGGACCAACAGGACUGCCCUGUCAGCGGGGGUCCCUCUCUGGACACCCCCAGUCCAGUGGAUUCCCAGACAGGCAGCCCCAUAGGCUCAGGCCCCAGCAGCCCCAGAGCUGAUGGUCCCCUCCGGCCUGAUAUUUUUACUGGGGCUUCUACAGUCCCAGGGCAGCUAUAUGGGGUGGAAGCCAAAUCGUAUGCAGAGACUCCCAUGGGAUUAAAGCCUAACUCCACUGACGUGGAUCAGCUAUGUGGCUGGGGUUCUCUGUCACCCAAACCUAUUCAAGUUUUCAACACCUCUCGUUGGGUCCUGAUUUUCCUCUGUGCUGCUAGUUUCCUCCAGGGGAUGAUAGUCAACGGCCUCAUUAACACAGUGAUUACAACAAUUGAGAAGAGAUUUGACUUGCACAGCUACCAGUCUGGCCUCAUCGCCAGCUCCUACGACAUUGCUGCAUGCAUUUGUCUGGCCUUCGUCAGUUACUUUGGUGGGACGGGGCACAAGCCUCGCUGGCUGGGAUGGGGGGUGCUGAUCAUGGCACUGGGUUCCCUGGUGUUUUCCCUACCUCACUUCAUUACACCUCCCUACGAGGUCAGUGUGCUCGAACAAACAGGGAUGUGUUCUGCCAACCGUACCAGCCCGUGCCAGGACAAGCAGGGGGGAGGAUUGUCCAAUUAUCGGUUUGUCUUCAUGCUAAGCCAGUUUCUACACGGAGUGGGAGCUACACCUCUCUACACGCUGGGGGUCACAUACCUGGAUGAGAAUGUCCAUUCCAACUAUGCGCCUGUGUAUAUAGGAAUCUUUUACACUGCAAGCAUCUUGGGUCCUGCUGCAGGCUAUCUGCUGGGAGGUUACUUCCUGAAUAUCUACGAAGAGAUCCAUCUACUGACUGAGAUGACUCCAGAAAACCCUCUGUGGGUCGGGGCUUGGUGGAUCGGCUUCCUUGCAGGAGGAGCGGCAGGUGUACUGGUAGCUUUCCCUAUCCUAGGCUACCCACGUCAGCUACCAGGUGCUCAGGAGUACAUGGCAAUGCGGGUGUCUGAGGCCCACCAGCUUAAGGACGGAAGCAACAACACAGCAUCAGACCCUCAGUUUGGCAAAUCAGUCAAAGAUAUGCCAAGAUCGGUGCUGCUACUCUUAAAGAAUCCCACUUUCCUGUUUCUGUGCUUGGCUGGAGCCACUGAGGCCAUCAUCAUUACUGGCAUGUCCACCUUUAGUCCAAAGUUCUUGGAGUCUCAGCUCAGUCUCAGUGCAUCAGAGGCUGCCACAUUGUUUGGAUACAUGGUGGUACCAGCAGGAGGUGGUGGCACCUUCCUCGGCGGCUACAUCGUGAAAAGGCUGAAGCUGCGUUGUAGAGGUAUCAUAAACUUCUGCAUUAUGUGCACAGUGAUCAGCCUGCUCACCGUCUUCGUCUUUCUCAUCUACUGCCCAAACGUGCCGAUGGCUGGUGUCACUGCACCGUACCGUUUUGGUCUCACGGAGCAACACAAACUGGACCAGUACGAACACCUGUAUGACAACCCCAGCAACCUGCACCAUAGAAACAGCUCUUCUACCCAAGAGGACCUGACGGUGGGCUGUAAUGCAGACUGUGGCUGUGUCAGAGAGCUGUAUAACCCUGUGUGUGGGGCAGACGGUGUGAUGUAUUACUCCCCCUGCCACGCUGGCUGCAGCUUCAUCAACCACACCCAACACUCCACUGGCAGACAGGUGUAUUCUGGAUGUAGCUGUGUGGUGGGGAACGCGUCCUGGGGCAAGGCAGGCUUUGCUCUGGCAGGGAAGUGUGGCAGCUCCUGCCACUACAUGCCGGUUCUCCUGUCCUUCAUUUUCCUCGUCAUCUUCCUUACGUUCCUCUGUAGCAUCCCAGCGCUCACCGCAACACUCAGGUGUGUACCAGACAACCAGAGAUCCUUUGCACUUGGCAUCCAGUGGAUUCUUAUGCGUGUAUUUGGGAGUAUUCCAGGACCCAUAGCAUUUGGCUCAGUGAUUGACAUCUCCUGCUUACUGUGGCAGGAUCAGUGUGGUGAGCGGGGCUCCUGCUACAUCUAUCAGAACUCAGCCAUGAGCCUGUACAUACUGGGAGCUGGUAUUGGCUGUAAGGUUUUGGGGACAAUAUUCUUUGUGUUAGCCAGCGUCCUGUACAAGGCUCCUACUGAGUCGCCUCCAAGCAGCUGUGAGAGCACCUACCACAGAGCAACAGACACGAGCGAGCAGCCAAUCAAAGAACUGCCUGAAGACGCGGUCAUCGUCAACCUGCACGCCAGGUUAUGAUGUCGGAUGAGCCCUAACCACUGAGCUGCAAUUGUGUGUGUUUUUGUGGGUUUGUGUAUUUAUAAUUUUAUCUUUGUGAGGACUGAUUUGACCAUAAUAACUUACAGGACAUUUUUGGGAAGUGAGGGUGUUUUGGAUGAUUCUCAAAACAUAGGUCUGUUUGAUGGCUAAGAUUUAGGUGUAGAAUUUGAGUAAGUGUUAGGAUUGGGGUUAGGGAUUUAGUUGUGAUGGUUAGGGGUAGGCCAAGGGGCUACGGACUUUAUGAUGUGAAUGCAUGUCCUCACAAAGACAAAAGUGUUUGUCUGUUGCUACAUAAGCACACAAUGACAUUUUGCAGAUGUAGCCUUUGUGUGUGUGUGUUGGUGCUGCUUAAUGCAAAGUGUGUGGAUGUGUGUGUGUGUGGUCAUGGGGUGCUUCAUUUACACCAAUAGCCUUUUCUCAGCCAUAAUGACACCAACCCCAGCAUGCACACACAUGGAAUCACAAAAAGUGGCAAAAAACAGACACACAAACCACAAACAGCUUCAGAAUGUGUUUGUGCGAAAACAGACAACAAACACGCACCCACCUUAACCAUCACAACUUAAUGCUUAAAUCACUACCAUAUCCAAAGCCUUAUCCAAAUUCAAACUCUAACCCUAAAACCAAGUCUUAACGUUUACACACCCCAUUGAAAGGAGGUCAGAGAGUGAGGACCAGACAAAAUGCCAGGUUCUAGGCUAAAAAUGUUCGUCACAAAGAUAUCUGUACACACACACACAGCUUUAUGUAACUAUCUUGACUUGCAUUGACUUACAUUCAUUGGUUAGCCCUAACAAAAACCUUAACCAGGACAUGUGAAAAGGUUUUGCCUCAUUGGGACUGAGCUUUGGUCCCUAUGAGGUCUACUGUUCCCGUUUAUGUUGGUGAGUGAUUAUACACACACACAGAUGCUACUUCAAUGAUUUACAACAGGCCUCUUUCUUGGAACAAAAGUCUGCUGUGACUGCAUGUGUGUGCAUGUGUGUGUAUCUGACUGUUCGGAGCAGUGCCACACAAUUUGUCAUGUCCUAGGAAGCGUUUCUACACACACACUUACCGGCCACCUUAUUAGGCACACCUGUUCAAUUGCUUGUUAACACAAAUCGCUAAUCAGCCAAUCACAUGGCAGCAUCUCAAUGCAUCUAGGCAUCUAGAGGUGGUGAAGACGACUUGCUGAAGUUCAAACCGAGCAUCAGAAUGGGGAAAAAAUGGGAUUUAAGUGACUUUGAACGUGGCAUCGUUGUUGGUGCGAGACAGGCUAGUCUGAGUUUUCAAAAACUGCUGAUCUACUGGAAUUUUUCACGCACACUACCAUCUCUAGGGUUUACAGAGAAUGGUCCGAAAAAGAGAAAAUACCUAGUGAGCAGCAGGUGCCUGGAGGAAAGCGCCUUGUUGAUGGCAGAGGUCAGAGGAUGAUAGAAAGACAACAGUAACUCAGAUAACCACUCGUUACAACCAAGGUAUGCAGAACACCAUCUCUGAACGAACAACACGUCGAACCUUGAAGCAGAUGGGCUACCGCAGCAGAAGACCACACCGGGUGCCACUCCUGUCAGCUAAGAACAGGAAACUGAGGCUACAAUUCGCACAGGCUCACCAAAAUUGGACAAUAGAAGAUUGGAACAACGUUGCCUGGUCUGAUGAGUCUCGAUUUCCGCUGCGACAUUCAAAUGGUAGGGUCAGAAUUUGACAUAAACAACAUGAAAUCAUGGAUCCAUCCUGCCUUGUGUAAACGGUUCAGGCAUGUGGUGGUGGUGUAAUGGUGAGGGGGAUAUUUUGUUGGCACACUUUGGGCCCCUUAGUACAAAUUGAGAAUCGUUUAAACGCCACGCCUUGUUGAAUCUAUGCUACGAAGAAUUAAGGCAGUUCUGAAGGCAAAAGGGGGUCCAACCCAGUACUAGCAAGGUGUACCUAAUAAAGUGGCCGGUGAGUGUAUAUCCAAGCUAUGUUAAACCCGUUCAGAAUGGCUUUCUAUAAUGUGAGUCUGGUGACAUUCAUGUUUCUGCAUUGUUAUUAUUUCAUCAUCCAAUGAAACAUAUAUGCCAUGUUUAUGAAGCAUUUAUCAUUUGUCCUUUUGUUACACUGCUUUAUUGCUGCACACAGAUAAAGCCAUGGUCUACUAUAUAUUGUGCCAGACCCCCAGGCAAGUUAUAAUGAAGCCAAAUCAUUUUCCUAUUAUUUCCUAUUUAAAGCCAAGAGUAUCUAAAGACAGUUAUUCGUAUAAUGUGAACAUAUUGGUCACAGCACAUUAGUACAAAUGUAAUUUGAAUUGGAAAGCACUGUAUUUUUGGGUGGAAAUAAAGAGGGCAAAAAAAACAGAGUCCAUCUGUGAUCUACAUUGUUAGAUCUCUGACUUUUGGACAUGUAAUCCCAUGCACCCCUGACUGCAAUGUGCAAUUUGAAGCCUUGCUCAACAUUUUGAGUAAAUCAUUAGAUGACAUCAAGAGUGAACCUUCCCGUUAGACUUACUCAAAGGCACUACCUAGUGCUGGAAGCCAUGCAGCACAUAAACAAACGGCCAUGCUGCAUGAACAUUUGAACACUGCUCCCUAAUAAGAAAUGUCACACAAGUAUAUAUUUUUAAAUAGCCAUUGCCUGUGUUUAAAGAAAUGAGGUUGAAACAAUAUCAAGCGUUUUUUUAGAAGGACAUUCCAGAACUGUACAUACAGUGCCUUGCAUAAGUAUUCACCCCCUUUGAACUUUUCUACAUUUUGUCAUGGUAUAACCACAGAUUAAAAUGUAUUUCAUCGUGAGUUUAUGUAAUGGACCAACACAAAAUAGUGCAUCAUUUGGAAGUGGGGGGAAAUAUUACAUGGAUUUCACAAUUAUUUACAAAUAAAAAUCUGAAAAGUGUUGAGUGCAUAUGUAUUCACCCCCUUUACUGUGAAGCCCCUAACAAAGAUCUGGUGCGACCAAUUGCAUUCACAAGUCACAUUUGCAAGUCACAUAAUUAGUAAAUAGGGUCCACCUGUCUGCAAUUUAAUCUCAGUAUAAAUACACCUGUUCUGUGACGGACUCAGAGUUUGUUGGAGAUCAUUACUGAACAAACAGCAUCAUGAAGACCAAGGAGCUCACCAAACAGGUCAGGGAUAAAGUUGUGGAGAAAUAUGAAGCAGGGUUAGGUUAUAAAAAAAUAUCCAGAGCUUUGAACAUCUCUCUGAGCACCAUAAAAUCCAUCAUAAGAAAAUGGAAAGAAUAUGGCACAACCGCAAACCUACCAAGAGGAGGCCGUCCACCCAAACUGAAGAGUCGGACAAGGAGAAAAUUAAUCAGAGAAGCAACCAGGAGGCCCAUGGUUACUCUGGAGGAGUUGCAGAGAUCCACAGCUGAGGUGGGAGAAUCUGUCCACAGGACAACUAUUAGUCGUCUACUCCACAAAUCUGGCCUUUAUGGAAGAGUGGCAAGAAGAAAGCCAUUGUUGAAAGGGAUCCAUAAAAAAUCCCGUUUGGAGUUUGCCAGAAGCCAUGUGGGAGACACAGCAAACAUGUGGAAGAAGGUGCUCUGGUCAGAUGAGACCAAAAUUGAACUUUUUGGCCUCAAUGCAAAAUGCUAUGUGUGGCGAAAACCCAACACUGCCCAUCACCCUGAGCACACCAUCCCAACAGUGAAACAUGGUGGUGGUAGCAUCUUGCUGUGGGGAUGCUUCUCUUCAGCAGGUACAGGGAAACUGGUCAGAGUAGAGGGAAAGAUGGAUGGAGCCAAAUACAGGGAAAUCCUUGAAGAAAAUCUGAUGCAGUCUGCAAAAGACUUGAGACUGGGGCGGAGGUUCAUCUUCCAGCAGGACAAUGACCCUAAACAUACAGCCAGAGCUACAAAGGAAUGGUUUGGAUUAAAGAAUGUUAAUGUCUUAAAAUGGCCCAGUCAAAGCCCAGACCUCAAUCCAAUAGAGAAUCUAUGGCAAGACUUGAAGAUUGCGGUUCACAGACGGUCUCCAUCCAAUCUGACUGAGCUUCAUCUUUUUUGCCAAGAAGAAUGGACAAACCUUUCCAUCUCUAGAUGUGCAAAGCUGGUAGAGACAUACCCCAAAAGACUUGCAGCUGUAAUUGCAGCGAAAGGGGGUUCUACCAAGUAUUGACACAGGGGGGUGAAUACUUAUGCACCCAACAGAUGUCAACUUUUUUGUUCUCAUUAUUGUUUGUGUCACAAUAAAAUUUAUUUUGCACCUCCAAAGUACUAUGCAUGUUUUGUUGAUCAAACGGGAAAAAGUUUAUUUAAGUCUAUUUGAAUUCCAGUAAGUAACAGUACAUAAUGGGAAAAAGUCCAAGGGGGGUGAAUACUUAUGCAAGGCACUGUAGGUACAUCAAAGCCUUUUAAGUAUCAGUUUGUCCCAUAUUUGCUGCAAAAAAAAUAAUUAAACAUCUAUAACCCUAGAAUCUCAUUAACAAGUGUGAUGUUUUUUUAUAAUACAAACACAGAUAAUGCUAUUUGUACCGUGGCUUGUGUAACAUUUUACUUAUAUUAUCUCACGUAAAGAUACUGUGAAAAUAAUGUGGUUUAUACAUUGAGUGACACCAGCUCCAGAAAAGCUUAGAGACUUAGUUGCCUUCCAAAUGAACUUAAGUGAACAUCCGUUUAUAGUAACAGAAAACUAAACAAAAAACUGUUCACAACUGCUGAUCAAAUGAAGCAAAGACUCUCAAAUUAUUUUUGUCCACCACUUCCACACAGGAAACCUUGUAGUCCUUUUAGAACUGAAACGUGAAAAUGAAAGGUUCUAUGAGUAUAGUGGUUUCCUCUUCCUCCUGGCAAUCAUACAACCACAGUUGUCGGAGUGUUGUGAUGCAAUCCUCCCCGUCCAAUCCAAUGAGACAGGGGAGGGAGACACCGCCGCAAAAAGGUCUGGUUUUGACACAGCUUAUUAAAGCAACACAACAAAUCAAAGGUUCCGUCGAGCAGAUAACUGCACAUGUAGAACCAUGAUUACUGACUAAAGCAUGCAGGGGCUGCAUCCAUCAGAGGACAUGGGCUACACAGAAGUCUACUCCAUGAAGACAACUCCUUCAUGGGCCAUGUAGAGUGCUAGGGCCAACCAGAGAGGAGAUGUAAUGUAUGCAGAGGAUUCCCACAGUCAGAUUCGCACCAUCUUGUUGCUUGCUGCCGCUAUUAACUCUCUGAAAGACGGUUCACCACUGAAUCACAUUUAAUCCUGGGAUAGGUUAUGCCGGGAUGGAUCCAUCCAUUGGAGCCUUCCUGUAGGAUGGAAGGAACCAUUUGUCGAACGCAUUUGAAGGAGCCUUCGGAUGGGACGGUCUAUUUGCUUUGCUCCAAAGAAUUAAGCCCCUGACUAUAGACAUGGCUACAGUGUCAUUUUAAGCCCCCUGGUAUUUAGUUCCAAUGACUGAGCAUUAUUUCCAACAACAAUCUAUUGAAGCAGGAACAAAGCCUUUUGAGGAAACAAGCUUGCGAACUCUCAUUUAGCAUGCACAUUAGCUUGGUUUCCAAAAGGACAAAUAGUUCAUACAGUGUAUGUAGAUGUUUUUUUUUUAGAUCCAACUCCUGUCUAUAACUGUCUGAAAACCACUUUUGUUUUAGUGGCACAGUGUUGACUACUAUACCGAAGAGGCAUUACAGACAGGACUCUCCUACUAUCUCCUCUGUACCAUAUUCACUUCAACUGAAAUCACUGUGAAAAAUCUGGAUUUAUGUUCCAAAUCCACUGAUAGUGGCAAUUUCAUUUGAAGGACAUUACAUUUUCCACCGACCUCUGCACCUUUGAAUGCUGGUGUGAUGAUGCCUUUAAGAGUGACACUGUGGAGCUGUCAAGCAUGAUGCAAAUCUGGCAUGACACACAGUAUAAACAAAUGUUUGGGACCUAUUGAUCAUAGUAACACAAGUCCAGAAAUGUGCCAAAUCAACAUUGCCUAACAACUGUUGUUUUAUAUAUUUUUUAUAAUUGACCUUGUUUAUUUAUAUUUCGCUUGUAGCUAUUUGUUUAAUUAAUUCACUGUGUGAUGAUAAAAAGGAAUGCUGCCCUGACUCUACUGCUCUCGUCCUUCGUCUACGAAAAAAUACUUUUCUUGUCUCGUCUUCAUUGUUUAUUUGAAAGUGAAACCUGAUAUUUAUUGUUGUAAUGCAAAAAAUGAUAGUUCAUCCAAAAAUAAAAAUGUACUCAUUAUCUACUCAACCUCUAUGCUGGUGGGGGGGCAUAGGGAUGUGGGUCUAGCUUAGCCACUUCUGGUGGACACCACACGAGCAUGGAGGCAUAUUAUGUUUCAUUAGGUCUGAAGAUAGGUCACUAAUGUUUACCCCUGAAACUCCAAAAGUGUUUUGUGGACUCAAACACUUCACCCACGCCAUCAGCAUAGGGGUGAGGAGAUAAUGAGUGUAUUUUCAUAUCUGGGUGUACUCCCCCUCUUUACCCUGCAACUGAUGUUGAGGAGUUUGAGCGCAAUGUGAAUAUAAAGUCUUCCCAGUUGUGCUGUGCAGGCAAUCUCCAAUUUUUGACAAAUCACCCUGUAAACAGAUUUUUUUUAUUUUUCUAGUUUACUUUUAUUACUGUAUGAUUUCCUUAAAAAAAAACAAAAAAUCUGUGGAUGACUUGCGAUUGUUGAUCUUUUUAUGAAAUGAAGAUGUCAAGUGUUUUCUUAUUACAAAUGUUGAACAGCG